CACAGCACCAACACAGCACGAUGGCCAAGUUCACCAUCAAAUCCCUCGACCACCUCGUCCUGACGGUGCGAUCCAUUUUCGCCACCAUCUCAUUCUACACGACCCAUCUGGGCAUGAAGCACGAGGCUUUCGUCUCGCCCAAGGAUGCCGCUUACAGAUAUCUCCAGCAGCACCAGAGAAAGAUCAACCUCCACCAAAGCGGGAGGAAAUUCGAACCCAAGGCCCAGACCGUCCAGCCGGGAAUUGCAGAUGUAUGCUUCCUGACGGAGACGCGGGUCGAGGAGGUUCUGGGGGCUUUUCGGGAUGCAGAGAUCGAGGUUCUCGAAGGUGGGAGUGUGGUGGGGCGGCCGGGAAGCUACGGAGGAGUGUCUAUGGUGUCCGACUACGCGUAG